UUGAGGCUCGACUGCUGCGUGAGAAACAAGUUCACAAAGAUUUGUCAAGUCUGCUGGGAACUUCUGUGAGCUUACCAACCCGCGCCAUAGCUCCGGGCCUCUAAUUUAUUGGAUCUUUUUAUAUACGCAUACAUACAUAUUAUAUAUAUAUACAUAUACAGUAUAUAUAUACUGAAUCCUGUUUGCACGAUUUUCAACGAUGAAGAGGCCAUGUGAAGAUACUACCUCAGACAGCGAUAUGGAUGAAACUAUAGAUGUAGGAAGUGAAAAUAAUUACUCGGGACAAAGCAACAGCUCUUUGAUGAGAUCUAACUCUCCGACAACCACGUCCCAGGUGAUGGCAAGAAAAAAACGUAGAGGGAUUAUUGAAAAAAGGAGAAGAGAUCGUAUUAAUAACAGCUUAUCAGAGUUGCGUCGACUGGUUCCUACUGCCUUUGAAAAGCAGGGAUCUGCCAAAUUAGAAAAAGCGGAAAUCUUACAAAUGACAGUGGAUCAUCUGAAGAUGCUUCAGGCAACAGGAGGUAAAGGAUACUUUGAUGCCCACUCCUUGGCUAUGGAUUUCAUGAGCAUUGGCUUUCGAGAGUGCCUCACUGAGGUUGCCCGGUAUCUAAGCUCUGUAGAAGGGCUGGACACAUCUGAUCCUUUAAGAGUUCGUCUGGUUUCCCACCUGAGUACCUGUGCCUCUCAGCGAGAAGCUGCAGCAAUGACAUCAAUGGCUCAUCACCAUCAUCCUCUACACCCUCACCACUGGACUGCUGCUUUUCAUCACCUCCCCACUGCACUUCUACAGCAGAAUGGACUCCCUUCAACAGAAAGCAGCAGCAGUCGCCUCACAGAAGUUCCUCCUCAUGGCUCAGCAUUACUCACAGCUACCUUUGCCCACACUGACUCUGCGCUCAGAGCGCCCUCUGCUGGAAGCGUUGCACCUUGCAUCCCUCCACUUUCUACCUCCCUCCUUUCACUGUCGGCCACUGUACAUGCUGCAGCCGCUGCUGCGGCAUCCGCUGCGGCCCAGAGUUUUCCUUUGUCAUUUUCAGGAGCAUUUCCUGUGUUGGCUCCUAAUGCUGCUGCAGCAUCAGCCACCACUGUGACUGUCAGUCCUUCACUUUCAGUGUCAUCUGUUUCAAACUCACAGCAAAAUAAUGGCAGCAAUGGAAGCGGUAAGCCAUAUCGGCCUUGGGGAACAGAAGUUGGAGCAUUUUAACAUUUUUAUGUAUAUUUUACAAAGCCUUAACUGCACAGUGGAAACUUGAACUAAUACACAGUUCAUUGCUAUAGGUCAGCUCAUUUAACAGGAGACUGUCUUCCUUUAGCACAACAGAGAAAUGCAGUCAAAAAUAAUGUCCUAGAUACCACUUCCAGUGCCUUUAAUAUUUUGGAUUAAAGUUUGAGAAUUCUGAUGAGAAGAAAAAGAAAAAUAAACUUAUUUUCAGGAAAUAAAUUGCCCAUUUUUUCUAAAAGUUGCAAUUACCUCUUAAGUUUUUAACAGGAGAAGUGCCUAUGAGUCUAAUUUGCAACAUCAGAACUUUUUGGAUUAGUGGUGCUGGGACUUUCAGACACUUGCAAGUAAAUGUUAUUUUUUAAUAGAAAAUGCUAUAAGGAAAAUUAUUUUUUUAAUUAAAUUAACUGCAAACCACUACAGCAAGAACUGUUUGUGUGCCUUUUUAUUUUGCAAAGAAACCAUUGCAACGAUCUCCGAACUUUUCUUUGGCAAAAUUGUUCAUCCAUGCCACAAGCUUAAAAAAGUCACAGUAGCCUGGACACCUCUUUUAGUAAUCAAAGAACCCAAUUCUUAAUCUGUAUGUGUUUGUGAAAUCAGAAAAAUGGUAGUGUUUCAUACUAAACCAAAAAUAAUGUUUUACUUUUUAAGAUAAUUAGUUUUUCGCAUUCCUGACUUUGUGCAAAGUGUGUCAGUUAAGUAACUUGUAAAUGUGCAAUUAGAGGGAAAACAAAGGUUAGAGAAGAAAAAAUAUAUCAAAAAUAGAAUAUUGCUUUUAUUAUUGAUGCACUUAUUUCUCUGCUGUGUGGAGAGAGCGUUGAACCGAUAAAGCCAGAUUUAGAAUUUCUUUGUAAGAAAAGACGAUAAAAGGAAUCUUAAAUAAUUUCUUGUUAAAAAAAAUGUACAUUUUAUUGCUUUGUUUUCUUUACCCGUUGCUCUGCGGUGUAACCCUUUUUCUAUGCAAAAAAGUCUGAAUUUCAGUUCAUAAAACAAAAAAGACACA